UAUUUUAUUGUAAAUUGUAUACUUGCAAUUUCCUUUGUCUCCUUUUUUUUUACCUUUCUUUAUUCUUCUUUAGUGUUGUUACCUUUCCUCUUUCUUCUUUUUCUUUCCAAUUAACCCGAUUAUUUUAUUGUAUCAUCUUAAAGAAGAACCUCUAGGGUGUAUUAAAGAACAAACAAACUGUUUACAAGCAUCUUUCUCUUUUACUCCACUGAAUAGAAUUUUAAAGGCAACAAAUUACAUUGAAUACAGCUUUAUAACUGAGCAGGAUUUGAUACACAGACAUGAAAUAUGGAGAAGAGCUACAGCAGAGUAUAUUUGCCCCUUGGCGGCUAUCAUACAUUUCCUAUGAUGUGCUCAAACAUGAAUUAAAGUCUCGGCAGCUUGAUCAUGGCUGGUCAGAAAAGGACGAAAUCGAAUUUGUUGGUCUUCUCGAAAAUGAGCUCACCAAAGUAUACGACUUUGUCAACGCUAAACUAUCAGAAAUAGAUGCUCGCAUUCUUUAUUGUGAACGCACCAUACAAACCCUUCAAAAAAAUCCCACAAUGGCAUCAGAUGUCAAUUACAGUAUCAUGGAUGAAGCCCUAACCGAGAUUCUUUUUGACGUCAACGACCUUUCUCGUUUCACGCGCGUCAACUUCGUCGCCAUUCAAAAGAUCCUCAAAAAGCAUGAUAAAUGGACAGGCUUGAAUCUCAAGCAUGAUUUUGUAGGCAAGCUUCGAGAAAAGCCUUUGGACAAGCAACGUUUUGACGUAGCGAUUAUAUAUAUCUCUGCAUUGCAUGAUAUCUGUCGUAAUCGUGGAAAGUCAUCACCUGGUAAUAGUGCUUCAGGAGGAGAUCAAAAUGCCUUCGAACGUGCGACAGCUAAAUAUUGGAUUCAUCCUGAUAAUAUCACUGAAGUCAAGUCUAUCAUUAUGUUGCAUUUACCAGUGCUGAUUUUUGAUAAAAAUAAGAAAUGGGAACCUUCGGAUUCAGCUAUUUCUAGCGUUUAUUUCGAUAAUCCUAAUUUUGAUUUGUAUACUGGUAGACUACAACGAGAUGAAGGUGCAGAAGCUAUACGUUUUAGAUGGUACGGUCCGAUGAAUUCGACAAAUAUCUUUAUUGAACGUAAGACUCAUCAUGCUUCUUGGCUUGAUGGGGCGUCUGUCAAAGAUCGUUUUCGUGUAAAGGAGAACCAAGUCAACAACUUCAUGACGGGAUUAUAUACAGCUGAACAAAUUGUUAAGGAACUUCGACAGCAACAGCAACCCGUUGACAAAAAUACCAUUGAAAAUGUUCGUUUCAUUGCUAAAGGCGUGCAGAAAUCAUUUCGAGAAAGACGGUUGGAACCCAUGCUGCGUGCGUUUUAUAAUCGAACUGCUUUUCAGUUACCUGGAGAUCAACGGUUACGUAUUUCGUUGGACACUGAUCUCACUUUUAUUCGUGAGGAUCAUUUGGAUGGACAAUGGCGAAGACAGCCUACUUACAAUUGGCGCCGUAAUGACGUUGGUAUAGAUACCCCGUUCUCUUAUGUGAAAGAAUCCGAUAUAUUGCGCUUCCCGUAUGCAGUUUUGGAAACUAAACUUCAGACACACCUAGGGCAAGAACCCCCUUCCUGGUUAACGUCCCUGAUUGAAUCGCAUCUAGUACAUGAAGUGCCUCGCUUCUCAAAAUAUUUGCAUGGUGCUUGUCAUUUUUACCGGGAACGUUUGCCUCUCUUACCUUGGUGGUUGGCUGAAUUGAACGUGGAUAUUCGAAAACCUCGAGCAGAGAACAUUGGUUUGACACGGUCCAGAAGCUUUAAACCACUAAUUGAUGGCAAGUAUAGAAGAGCGAUGAUUGAAGAAAAAGAAAGACUGAAUCAACAAGCAGUGGUGCAAGCAGGCGGCGCAAUGGGUGAGCAUAAUUUGAUGAGAUCAAAUUCGGCCCAUGAAGUACAUGUGGAAAGUGCUACAGAACAAAACCUUUCUGCCUCUGCAAAAAGAGAUAUUAGAAGUAGUGCAUUACCCCCUAUCCCGCCAGAAGAUAAACCCAAUAAUUAUCAGCAAUCGAAACAAAAAGAAUCUUCCUCUUCCUCCUCCUCUGUUUUUCCUCAAAAUCUGCAAAAGUUCCCUUCCACAACUAACGGUAAUAAUACGACAACCACUAAUCAGCGUCAGCAACAAUUUCAUCAAAAUACAGUCAUGCCCAAAGCCAGUGUUAGCAAUCAUAGUCUUAGCAAUAGCCAUAAGUCUGCCGCUGAUCUAGAAUUAGGCAUUCCCGUUACAGGUGACGAACUAUUUUUAUCUGCUAACAAUAACAGCACCAUCAAUGCUGCUUCGGUUUUAUCUCUUGGUUACAAUUUUGUGCCUUAUUGUUAACGGUGGCUUUAAAUUUGUUGAACUUUGGUGAUAUGGUUUCUCGUACUGUGGGUGGUAUCUUUAUCGGUCUGUCAGCAGGCAUCGCUAUUUAUGCAUUAUAUCGAUUUGAAAAACGUGCUUGGAUGAUUAAUCGUCGUAUAGAUGGCCGGUAUGACGAUCUUUGGGGACCUGCAGUUUUGUGUAUUUUACUAGUAAUUGCUCUUAUUGUUAAUUUCUAUCUUCGUUUCCGUUAAAUUCUAACUUUAACAAUUCUUGAAGUUCUAAUAUUUAUUUUAACAUCAGCAAUCUAAUUACAACUGUAAUAGUAGUAGUAGUUAAAAAAUAAAAAAAAAAUAAAAAAAGAAAUCCAGAAUCAUGAGUAUUGAAUGUCUGGCCUUAUU